GGCGCUCUUGGCAACGGCAUGACCAUCUUUUGAUCGAACCGGACCUGCCGUAUUCCCCUGUCUGUGCGGCCACGUGCGACUACGCAACGGGGACUCCGAGCGGCGGCCUUGGCGGCGGCCAUUGCAGACGCAUCCCUGUGCAGCCAUGGCAAGCCCUAGCACGCCCGAAGGUAACUCAAGGGUGCAGAGAAGAGGGCGACGCCAUCCAUCCAUCCAUUCUGCGCGGUGCUGCCGGCCCGCUCAGGAUGCACGGUGCUGUCGGUGAUCCCCACCAACCAACCAGCCAACAGCCAGAUCAUCCCCAGCAAUGGUCGACACACCGCACAGAGGCGUCGCUCGCACCGUCGUUCGACUGAUCUUUCGUGCUGCACUGCAGGCGUUUUGGGGCGGUUUUUCAACUGGGCCAGGAAGAAGGCGCCGCUGCUGAAGUGGGACGACCUGACCGUCAACUGGGCCAUCUACGAGGACACACGCAGAGGUCGGGGGGAGGAGGGUGGGAAGGGACACGGGACUGGAUGGACGGACGGACGGACGGACGACCGUUGUGGUUUGUUUGUCUGUGUAUUCAGCGUUGGUGGGCGUGUGGGAGACCCUCGCGUCACCUAAUGUCGAGGCCGAUGACGUCAAGGACUCUGUUUCGUGCUUCCUCUUGGCCGAGGCCAACCUCAUAAGGUAGGUGAGACACACAGGUAGGUGUGUGGUGGCGUGAAUGCGUUGUGUGUGGUGUGGUGCAGCGGUUUGUUGAAGACUGACAACGUAGAGCUGACGGAGGCCAAGAAACUCUACCAGAAGGCUUACGAAAUGGCAAAGGAGGUGGGGCCACACACUCACACCCACCUUCCCCCCCUCCCCACACACACCCACACAGCCAGGGCCAGAACGCAUAUCUCGCGUGCUGAACUGAUGCGCAUGGAUGGAUGCAGUGGUAUGAGGCGGCCAACACGGUGUACAGGGCCAGGGCGGCCGUAGACGCGACACAGAGGACGGCCAUCCAGGUGAACACAACCCCCCACACAAACAUACAUACGACACAGACGUCCACAAUUUCUUCUCUAUGCUUGUGUGCACGUCAGAUCAUGUCGUGUUGUUUGAUGGUCAUGGGCGAGGCUGCGUUGUUCAAGUCGCUCAUGAAGGUGCUCAUGAAGGUGCUCACCAUCUUCCCCGAACAAGUGCCCCUCCUGCUCGACUCGGUCGCGCUUGGUGAGUCGGCCACACCCGCACAAACGCGACACACUGUGUGUCUCUUUGUGUGUUGUGCGGGCAGAUGGCGAUGUGUCGUUCGCGUCAGUGUGGUCGAGUCUCAAGACGAGCGUGCCUCUGGUCUCCGAGUGUGUGGAGCUGUGCCGCCAGACAGCCUGCGCACUCGGCAAUGCCAUCAACCACUACGAGAAGGCGCGCAAACUACUCAGCAAGAUCAACAUCGCCCUCACCAGGUGAGAGUGAGAGAACAUACCAAGCACCAACCUGGGCAAUGAAUCAUUAUGACGCUGUGUGUGCAGUUCGCACGGGGCCGCCGCAACGUCGGCGUCGUGGAUUCCUCCCUGGCUGAGGGAGGGCGACCCCACGGUCAACACGGACACGCGAAUUGUGCAGCUGGAGGAGUGGGACUCUAUGGUGAUGGACAUGCUCGAUGGGGUGAACGCCAUAGAGGGUGAGGGAACGGCACGCACAGCACCUCUCUCUCUGCGGGUGCGUCGUUGAAUGGAUGGCUCUGUGCCUUUUUGUGUGUGCGGGUUUCGUCAACUUCUCGCUGGGACUGGAUGGCCUCGGCGCCUCAAAGGCCCUGUUCAAGAGCAUCCGUACGCACAGCCAGCUGCAUGCCGGCAGGCACCCUUUGACGCGUCCAGCCCGCACCCAUAUCUGUCCGUCCGUGUGUGUGCCUGCAGGUGCGGUGGUGUCGAUAGUCGUGUUCCACGUCCGCGGCUUCCAGUCGUUGCCGUCGGAUUGGGGCUACGGCGACUCGCUGCUGAGCAAUGUGAGGCAGAAACAGAGGGGAACAGCCGUCCAUGCAGCAUUUAUCGUAUCGGACCUUUGUGUGGACAGAUACGUCGUCACGGCACGGUGCGUCUGCAUGGGUGGAUGGCCAAAUACGUACGGGACUUAGUCAUCGGCUGCCAGGGGUACCUGCCUCCUCCUGAUACGGAGCACCAGCAGGUGACCGUUGGUUGAUGAAGAACGAAGGGCACGUAUGUACAUGUAUGUAUGCGUGUGUCCGUCUUGCAGGAGAUCUGCUUCAGCUUCUACCUUCCCCCGGUCGUCGCGAAGGCGGCAACCAUGAGCAGAAAGUAAGAGGGGGUCCCUGCAGCCAACCAUCCAGCAGGGUCAUAUGACUGUGCAGGUUUCAACUCGGACAGACGGCGGAGGUGUGCACCCUGUUGGAGAGACUGAUGCAGCGGUACAGUACACACCCCACACAAGCAUCCACCAUCAACCCAUCCAUUCCUUCGUUUUGCUGUGGUCCGUUUUCUGCAGCGUUGGUGGUGUCGAGAGUGUGCUGUGUGGUGGCCUCGCUGGCGAGUGCGAUGACUACUUCAAGCCCGUCCACAAGGUCCUUUACGCCACGUUGGCUGCCGCACCAUACUUCGUCAACAACGACUACGCCAAAUGCCUCCAGAUACUCAAAACAAGUCGGUCCAUUCGCACCCACACACCGGGCAGCCAGCCACAAACACCAUAUUAAUACCACAUGCAUUCAUUUGUGCAGCGAGUGGUGCUGCUGCUGGUGGUGGUGAUGGUGGUGUCUCGUCGAUCCUUGAGGCGUAUGCCGCGCUCUACGUCGUGUCGUCGCUGCUGUUGGAUGAGCGUGAGGAGGCUAUGGCCAUGCGCCAGGCCUACCUGAAAGUAUGACGUCACAAACAAGAAACAAGGAGAUGCGACUCACUCACUCACUGCAGCUGCUGUGCCUCCAUCUUCCCGUGUUUGUAUGUCAGUACAUAGUCCCAGGUCGCUGGAGCUCGUGGCCACUCCGCGGGACGCUCUCCAUGAUGGAGCGUCUGACCGACCCGUAUCUGACGGAGCGUCUGACCGGCAACCCAAGUUACCCAACGUACUUACACACACAGAGAUUCACACACGCAUAAGACAUUAAAGACAGGACCACACACGGGCCGAAUGAAUGGAUGCACACAGGUACCACAUGGGCCGUCUCGCCUACUUCAAGGUCGUCACGAGCCUCACGGGCUUCCCCGAUGACGGGCCCGGUCUGUUGGCAGACGCGGACUUCAGAAAGGCACUCGAAGCAGAGCUGCAGCAGGUACGUGAAGGCGCAAAUCCCACCCAUGUAUGUGCGUCAAUCAACCAAGUUCCUUUGUUCUGUUCAGUAUGAGGCGAUGCUGAGGCCAGACGACCCGCCCGAGGACGGCGUGCCCGCCCAGGCCAACGACAAAGAGUGGGAUCUGUGCAGGAGGAUGCUAGGUAUGCUGCCAGUCCACACAGCACACGACACAAUACAACACAACACCACCCACGGCGGCCUCGGUAUCCUGUCUGCAGUUUGUUGCCAAACACUCAAGCAGGAGAAGGAAGACAAGAAGAAGUGCGAGGAGGAGCAGGAGAAACACAACACAGAUCAGCAGGAGGAGGAGCCUCCCACAGCCCCUCCCGUCCACCACGCGCCUCACCUGCCGCAUCAGACUGCCCCGCCGAACUAGAUAGAUAGAUAGAUAGAGGGAGGGAGGGAGGGAGGGAUAGAGAUGGGAGGGGUAGCAUGGCUUGCUUGGCUAAGUUCUUGGACGGAUGGAUGGAAGGAUGGCUGAUUUCGGACAAAUGGGGGGAUGUGGGUUCAUAGGCACCACAUGGCAUGCAUGGUCUGUGGUGCGUCUUCCUAUAGCCUAAGCUCAUCGCCACCACUCAUCCAUCCAUCAUCCACCAAGGCGUGAAUCGGCUCGCGUGUCAAGACAGAAACACCCAACGACCUUCCGAAAGGAAAAUAACAUGACACUGCCUCGCUCGCCCUCUUCUCUGGUUCCUGCACCGUGUUCGGGCCGCAACGUGUCUCCGUCACGACACCUCAGCCAGUAGCCAACCUGCACACGCACACGCACACACACACACCACACACACACAGGUCAAUGCACCCAAUGUGCCGAACGAAGGCAUGCCGUGCGUGUGUGUGUCUGUGUGUCUUGGAGUGGCUUGCGGCGAUGGGCGUAAGCUGGGCUACAC